GGUAAAGUAUGGGUUUGAUGGCUCUGGAUAAUUAAAUGUAGACUUCUCAUGCAGCGUAUUCAAGAGGUAUUGUUUGGAAUCAGAGAGUCGAAAUAUAAGAAGAAAUCAAGUCAUCAAAUUUUGAAGAAUAAUAGCACGAGUGAGGCUCCAGACACUUUUAACGCUCUGGAAUUUCUAAAUGAGUUGGAAGAAUAUAAAAUGAGUGAAGUUGGACCUGCUAAUAGCUUAGUAAGUCAUGCAGAUAGAAACUUAAAGACAGAUAGUGUUAAUAAAAGUAGUAAAGGAAUUUUACAAGAUCCUGAAAUCACUUCUCAGCAUGUCCCGAACCAACUAAGUUAUAAAUUCAUCUUCGAUGCAAAUUCUAGAGUAUACGGAGGAAGAUUUACACAAAAUGGCAAGCUUUAUUAUUGCUCAAGUCAAGAUAUCAUUGGAAUUUAUGAUGCUUACGAUCCCUAUGACAUGAAGAAAAUCAAGACAGUAAAAGCCUUAGAUGUAAACUGGACUAUUACAAGCAUGGACACUACAGAAGAUGAGGAAAGACUAGUCUACUCCUCAGCUACACCUUAUCUACACAUCUUAGAUCUCCAAACUCUUUGCAAAUUUCAUGCUAAAAUCGAUUUGUCGGAUAGCCAAGAAGAAGCUGAGAUGAGCUAUCUCAAUUAUGCUGGCGUCUUCAAUUGUAAAUUUUCUGGUGAUGGCAGCGAGAUUGUUUGCGUCACAAACACUGCUAAAAUAAUAGUGUAUGACCUUAAUAAAGAAGAAAAGGUGUGAAAUAUUCCAAAUACCCAUCUUGAUGAUAUAAACACCGUUUGCUUCGCUAAUAGGAACAACUCUAACAUUCUCUUCACGGGUUCUGAUGACUAUAUCAUCAAGGCAUGGGACAGAAGGAUAAUUGAGUCUAACAAACCUAUCGGUUGCUUUAUUGGUCACAGAGAAGGUGUCACCUCAAUUGAUUCUCGAGGAGAUGAGCGUUACGUUGCAUCAAAUGGCAAAGACCAACAAUUAAAACUUUGGGAUAUUAGGAAAAUGAACGAUAUCAGUGAUCUCAAGAAAGCUACAGGCCUUGGUGCCAUGGAAAACUUUGAUUAUAGAUGGAUGGAUUAUACAUAUAAGCCUUUAGAUAGACACAAGCUGGAUAACUCGGUGAUGACAUUUAGAGGGCAUACUAUUCUUCAAACUUUAAUCAGGUGCUAUUUUUCUCCACAAGAAAAUACAGGUCAGAGAUAUAUCUAUUCUGGUUCUGCUGAUGGUUGAGUGUAUAUAUUUGAUAUCAUGACUGGUGAAAACAAGACAUAUAUUUCAAAUGAAACAGCCAAUUGUAUUAGAGAUGUAUCAUGGCAUCCUAAAGUUCCUGUAAUAGCAGCCACUUCAUUCUCAGGAGAUAUCUCGGUAUUCACUGAGGAUGACUCAAAACCUCUUCCUAAAAGAAAUUGAAGAAGAAAAUGAAGAGAAAUUUCAGGUUACUAUGGAACAAGUAGAGAAUUCAGUUCUGAAGAAGAGGAGUUUGAUGAACAAAAUGAAGUUUUAUCUGAAUUAUAUUCAGAAUCUUUAUAUUCAUAACUAAACUAAAGUUUCCAUAACGUCAC